GGAGGAGGAGGGGGUGGUGGUGCUGCCGGUGCAAAGGCAGCGGCUGGUGGUGCUGCUGCUAAGCGGGUCGGCAGCGGUGCUGCUGCUGCCGCUGGUGGUGCUGGUGGUGCUGGUGGUGCCGGUGCCCCUAAGAAGGCUGAGAAGGCGGACUCUGCGGCUGCUGGUGCUGGUGGUGAGGAGGAGCUGGAGGAGGAUGUGGAGGAGGACAAGGAGGAUGCGGGAGGAAAAGGACGCCGCGCACGCCCCGUCGUUCUGGACGAGGAAGACAAGGAGGAGAAGGAAAAGGAGGAGGAAGACGAGGGGGAGGAUGGUAGCGAGGAGGAUGGUAGCGAGGAGGAUGGUAGCGAGGAGGAGGAGGAGGAAGACAACGAUGGGAAAGCCGCUGCUGCAGCUGCUGGAAAACGAGGAAAGGGGAAAGGAGGGGAAAAGGUGACGGCGCCCCCCCGGGGCCCGGCUCGAGCGGCUGCUUCCGGCAGCUCAGCGGCUUCGGAGCAACACACUCGCUCGCAGGGCACGGCCAACGUCGCGGGCAGCAAGCGUGCCCGCAGCACUGACGGCCCCACCACCACUGCCACCACCGCCCCCGCCCCCGAGGUCUCCUCCCCCAGCCGCCCCUCCCGCCGCGCCGCUGUCAAAGCCAACCAACGCAUCGCCGCUACCAGCACAGGAGCCUCGGCACUGCCACCCAAACCUCCUAAGGGCCCCUCCGCUCCUCCUCCUCAGCCUGCUACUGCUGCUGCGGCUGCUGCUGCCGCCUCAAAAGGCAAGGCGCAGGAUGCUAAGAAGGGGAGUGGUGGUGCUGCCGCCGCGGUUGCGGCGAAGGGCGGGGCCGGCGCUGGUAACAAGGGCGGGGCCGGGGGUGCAGCUGGCAAGAAGAAGGGCGGCAAGGCUGAGAGCGAGGAGGAGGAGGAGGAGGAGGGAUCCGGGACGAUCGUCAUCAGCGACAGUGAGGAAGCAGAGGUGGAGCAGGAGGGCACCUCGAAGAAGGCUGCUGGCAAGGGCAAGGCAGCUGCCAAGCCAAACGGAAAGGCGGCGGCGGCUGCUGCUGCAGCUGGCAGUAAGGGCAAGGGCAAGGCGGCGGCGGCUGCAGUCAAGCGGGAGCCUUCCCCAGACGUGGAAAUGACGGAGGCGAGCCAGGAGGAGGAGGAAGACGAGGAGGAGGAAGACGAGGAGGAGGAGGAGGCAGCAGUUGCUAAGGGCGGGAAGAAGGGUGGCAAGGCGGCAAGCGACGACAAGGAGGAGGAGGAAGAGGAGGAGUCGGAUCAGGAGGGCGAGGAGGAGGAGGAAGACGAGGAGGAGGAGGACAGCAGCUACGAUGACACGCUGUGUGCGGUGUGCGGGGGCGGGGAUGCGCCGGGCAGCAUCCUGCUGUGUGACGGCUGCGAUGACGGGUACCACAUGCGCUGCCUCAAGCCGCCACUCAAGUCCAUUCCCAAGGGCGACUGGUUCUGCCCCAAGUGCCUGGCUAGCAAGGGCAAGGGCAAGGCUGGCGGCUCCUCUUCCGGUGCCACCGCCGCCCCUGCCGCAGCAGCAGCAGGAGGGGGUACCUCUUCCGGCGGCCUCCUCAAACGCAAGGCCUCCGACGCCUCCGCCUCCGCCAAGACCGGGGGCGGGGGAGGCGGGUCCGGGGGUGCUGCCAAGGGAGGUGUGGGUGCUGCAGCAGCAGCAGCCAAGAAGGCAGGAGGAGGCAAGGGAAAGGCCACUAGCAAGGCUUCGACUAAGGAAGAUGAAGAGGAGGAUGACGAGGACGAGGAAGACGAGGAGGAGGAAGCGCCUGCCAAGCGGAGGAAGACGGGAAGCGGCAAGGCGGUCCCCGGGGCAAAGGGCAAGGCGGUAGGCAGCGGUAAGGGCGGCGGCAAGAAGGAGGAGGAGGAAGAGGAGGGGUCGGGUUCGGAGGCUUCUUCGUCUGAGGAGGAUGAGGAUGAGGCGGAGGACGAGGACGAGGAGUCGGAUGCGGACGACUCGGAUGAUGACGACUUUGUAACGGGCGCUGGAGCCACGCGAGGAGGCCGCUUACAGAAGAAAGCAGGGGGGGCAGCAACAGGGGCAGCAGCGUCACGGCCCGGGGCACAGCGCGGCAGUAACGGGGCUGCUGCUGCUGCUGCAACGGGACGCCGUCCUGGAGGUGGAGGCGGAGGAGCGACCCGUGGGUCAGCUGCCGCUCGCAUCAAGAAGGAGGAUGACGGUGCCGAUGACUCCAAGGGUGCUGCGGGGGCUGCGGGAGCCAAGGGCAACGUAGUCAACGUGUUCAAGGUUCGCAUGCAGCUUCGAGCAGCUCGCCAGCGUCUCAAGGAAGCCGAGCAACGCCUCGCCAAGGCUCAACGCGAGCUAACCGACUACCAACGGUCAGCCGCCGCCGCCGCCGCGGCAGCCGCGGCGGCAGCAACUGCCAACGGUGGCGGCGGCCGUAACGCCAACGGCGGCGGCAUUCGCAAUGGCAGCCGUAACAACAGCAGUGCCGAGGCUGCGGGCGGCGGCGUCACUGGUGCUGGCAGUGCUAGUGACAGCGCUACAACCAGUGGCAGUAGCAGCAGCAGUAGCGAUGAAGAUGAGGAUGCGGCUGCCGGCGCGAAGCGAGGGACCCGUGGGUCAUCUGCGGUCAAUCCCGCGUUGUACCGCCAUGCCGCCAAGAGCAAGCCCCUGAAGAAGCUGCCUGGGAGCUGGAAGGCCGAGGGAGACGGCAAGGCGGUGAUGGAGGGGAAGCAGGCGGGGCCUGGUAAAGGGCGAGGCGGCGGCGGCGGCGGGGGCAAGGAUGCAGUGAAAGGCGGCAAGGGUGCUGCAAAGGACUCUGCGAAGGGCGCUGCGAAGGGUAAAGGUGGAGGAGGGGGAAAAGGAAGAGCCGCUAAGCGGCGGCGAGGCGGCAGCGAUGACGAUGACAGCGACGACUCCUCGUCUUCCUCCUCUAGCAGCGACGAUGACGAUGAGGAAGAGGAGGAGGAGGAGGAGGACAACGAUGCCUCCAGCAGUGCCAGUGGCAGCCAGGAGGAAGAGGGAGAG